AUGCAUGUCAAGCAGCUGGUCCUCGGCGCCGCCCUCUCCGGGCUGGUGACCGCCUCUCCCCACCGCGACAGCCCCCAGCAGCGUCUUGCCAAGGGCCUAGAGCUCCCCGACAAGUACUACACGUUCAACAAGAAGGCCGACUCGUCCAAGGAGAAGCCCUACACCCCCGGCCACAGAGAUCCGCUCGACCGCUUCAUCGACCCGGAUCGCGAUGGGCUUGACCCUCUGCCCUGGCGCAACGGCGACGGCGCGUCAGUUCUGGGCCCUUGGAACAAGCAGCGCUCGCGCCAGAGCCCCGACAUGGUGCGGCCGCCCAGCACCGACCGCGGCAACAUCGCAAACAUGCGCUGGUCGUUUGCCGACUCGCACAUCCGCAUCGAGGAGGGCGGCUGGACGCGCCAGACGACGGUGCGCGAGCUCGGCACGUCGACGCAGCUGGCCAGCGUAAACAUGCGCCUGGGCCAGGGCGUCAUCCGCGAGCUGCACUGGCACAAGGAGGCCGAGUGGGCCUACGUGCUGGACGGCGAGGUCCGCAUCACGGGCCUCGACUACGAGGGCGGCAACUUUGUUGACGACCUCAAGAAGGGCGACCUGUGGUACUUCCCGUCGGGUGUCCCGCACUCGCUGCAGGGCCUGAGCGAGAACGGCACCGAGUUCCUGCUCGUCUUUGACGACGGUCGCUUCUCCGAGGAGUCGACCUUUGUGCUGACCGACUGGCUGGCCCACACGCCCAAGUCGGUCAUCAGCAAGAACUUCAACCUGCGGCCCGAGAUCUUCGAGCACCUGCCCAAGAGCGAGAAGUACAUCUUCAAGGGCUCCGUGCCCGGCCCCAUCGACGAGGAGCGCCCGCGCGGCAGCCACGUCAAGAAGAGCAGACACCGCUUCAGUCACAAGAUGCUGGACCAGGAGCCCAUCAAGGCCAGCGGCGGCGAGGUGCGCAUCACCGACUCCAAGAACUUCCCCAUCUCCAAGACCAUCGCCGCCGCCCACGCCAUCAUCGAGCCGGGCGCCAUCCGCGAGAUGCACUGGCACCCCAACGCCGACGAGUGGUCCUUUUUCCUGCGCGGCAAGGCCCGCGUCACAAUCUUCGCGUCCGAGGGCACCGCCCGCACCUUCAACUAUGUGCCGGGAGACGUCGGCAUCGUGCCCGCCAACAUGGGCCACUUUGUCGAGAACAUUGGCGACGAGCCGCUCGAGAUGCUCGAGGUGUUCCGCGCCGAUGAGUUCCGCGACUUCUCCCUCUUCCAGUGGCUCGGCGACACCCCGCAGCGCCAGGUCGCCGACACGCUGUUUGCCGACGACCCCGAGGCCGCUGAGAAGUUCCUCAAAACCAUCAACAACCCCAAGCCCGACCCGGUCGUCAAGUCCGACGCCAACCUGUUUGAGAACUACGGUCGCCAGCCCAAGGGCGAGGCCGAGCAGGCCGCCCCGGAGCUGUGA